AUGACUCUCAACGACCGCAUCCAGAAGGUUCACGGAAUGGGCGGGCAGAAAAUGGUCCGCUACGGGAACCACAAAGAAGGCCCCGCGCAUGAAGUCGUCUGGUAUUCCGACGUGUACAUUGGCGGAAGCUACUGGGCCACUGGCUAUGGAAGGCAGUUGCACUCUGCGGAAGAAGAUGCCGCCCGUCAAGUGUUGCAGAUUGUCGACAAUCCCUACGACUCUCGGUCUUUAUAA